AUGGCGGGCGCCGACACCGAGCUCGCAGCGGCCGCCGGCGACGUCGAGGAGGCCGCGUCCCUGAUCCCUGGCCCCGGCGCCUCGGCGACGGGGGCGGCCCGCGACGUGCACCUGCUGAGCUCCGCCUUCCUCUUCGUCUUCCUCGCCUACCACGCCGCGCAGAACCUCCAGAGCACCGUCAACACGGACGAGAACCUGGGCGACAUCUCGCUGGGCGUGCUCUACACGUCCUUCACGGCGUUCUCGGCGGUGGGCUCCGCGGUGGUGCGGUGGAUGGGGUCCAGGCGCGCGCUCGUGGUCGGCACCUCCGGCUACCUCCUCUUCAUCGCCGCCAACCUCGCACCCUCCUGGUACACAAUGGUGCCAGCUUCACUCUACCUUGGUUUUACUGCAUCAAUCAUUUGGGUUGGGCAGGGUACAUACCUUACAUCAGCUGCCCUCAGUCAUGCAAGAGAAAAUAAUUUGCCCGAGGGUCCAACUUUAGGGAGCUUCAAUGGGGAGUUUUGGGGAAUGUUUGCUAGCACACAGGUGAUUGGAAAUCUGAUCUCGCUUGCUUUGCUGAGAAAUGGAAAGGAUGGUGGAAGUGUCACAGGGAAAAAUCUUCUGUUUGCUGUGUUUCUUGGUUUUAUGAUUGUGGGCAUUGUAUUAAUGUGUUUACUUUCGAAAAGAGAUGAGAAAAGAAAUAAUACUCCAACACAUUCCUCAUUUGGAGCUAUGUUAAAGUACAUCAUUGCCCCACUUAAGGACCAAAGAAUGCUUCUUACCAUUCCUCUUAUAGCAUAUUCAGGUUUACAACAGGCAUUUGUAUGGGCGGUAUUCACAAAGAGUAUUGUAACACCUGUUCUUGGCAUCAGCGGCGUUGGUGGAGCCAUGGCAAUUUAUGGUGCAGCAGAUGUAGUGUGCUCAUUGAUUGCUGGACGAUUAACCUCAGGACUUCGCUCAGCAGCAUUUAUAGUUUCUGUUGGGGCUAUUCUUCAGGCCGUAGUCCUAUUCUGGUUGCUUCUUUUUUACAGUCCAAUGGAUGGACUGCUUGGCGCAGCGAUACCACUAUUCAUAGGUGCCUUGUGGGGUGUUGGUGAUGGUGUCUUGAAUACACAGUUAAGUGCAUUACUUGGGCUGCUGUUCGAAGAUGUCAAGGGUAUUAUAGAUUUUGUUUGUUUGCUGCCGUACCUACUUGUGCUCAACAAAUACUCAAAUUUGACACCACGGCCAAUGCAGGAGGCUGCCUUUGCACAGCUUAAGGUGUGGCAGUCGGGCGCCAUCGCAGUCAUCUUUUUCCUGAGCCCAAGCAUCACGCUGCAAGCCAUGCUUAUCCUGAUGGCCACUGGCCUCGUCAUCUCCUUUGGCUCAUUCCUGUUCCUUACCCUUGUCGUUGAGAAGUCAUCUCCUGUCAUCGCCAGAAGUGAAACCGUUUCCUGA